AUGGUCCCUCGUGCGAGCAGCAGCAGCGCAGCAGCAGCAGCAGCAGCGCCAGCCGCGGCUUACAACCAGGCGGUCGGCGUCGCGGUGGACGCGCUGCUCGAGCGGGCGCCCAACCCGCGCCGCUGCGAAAGAGGCGAGGUCUUCAAGGGCCCGGUGACCGUGCUCGUAGAUGUGAAGGAUGAGAGCGGGGCAGUGAUCGGUCAAGUCGAGCGCCCCAUCACGCUGUCGGACGCGAAGAACGCGAAGGGCGGCUUCCACGCAAGGGUCCAAGCCAUCAACGCGUGGCUCGCCGCGGCGCAGCCCGAUGUACCGCUCAUCCCCGAGUACUGCGCCUGCUGGGCCGCGCCCGACGCCUACCUGCGGACCGACAAGGACGGCAAGCGGGAAGACGAGUGCAUGGCGGACUUCCCCUCGGAGAAGCGGUGGAGCGGCGAGUGGUGGCGCUUCUGGCGGGAGCACAUCGAGCCGGCGAUCGCCGGCAAGGUUCCGGGACCCCCGCGCAAGUCGGUGUACCAGAAUCUGUCCGAUCUGCGGGAGGGUCCGGCGAGCGGCCACAGGGCCAAGCGGCAGAAGCUGGGCCCGGCCGCGUCGCCAGGCGCGGCCGGCAGCCAUUCGGCAAGCGCGGCCGAGCCGCUCGUGGGCGCCGUGGUCCCGGUGCACGGGCCCGAAGCGGAGGUGGUUGCAGAAGCGGAGGGCUUGAGAUUGCACCUCUCCAGCAGCAGUGCCACCGGGUACAAGGGCGUGCACGAGCAAUCUGGCCGCUUCCGGGCGAAGCACAAGGUGGACGGAAGGCAUCAAUCCCUUGGCUACUUCGGCACGGCGGUGGAGGCGGCGGUGGCGUAUGCGCGGGCGGUCGAGGGAUACACGCCAGCGGUGGCAGCCGAGCCAGCGGCUGUGGCUGCAGAAGCGGAGGUGGUUGCAGAAGCAGAGGACUUGAGAUUGCACCUCUCCAGCAGCGGUGCCACCGGGUACAAGGGCGUGUUCAAAAGUGGCUCGCGCUUCCAGGCGCGGCACACGGUGGACGGGGAGAAGGCCUACCUCGGCACCUUCGGCACGGCGGUGGAGGCGGCGGUGGCGUAUGCGCGGGCGGUCGGGGAAUACCAGCCUCCGGCUCCUCCUCCGAUUGUGGCUGCAGAAGGGGAGGUGGUUGCAGAGGCAGAGGGCUUGAGAUUGCACCUCUCCAGCAGCAGUGCCACCGGGUACAAGGGCGUGAGCAAAAGUGGCUCGCGCUUCCAGGCGCGGCACACGGUGGACGGAAGGCAUCAAUCCCUUGGCUACUUCGGCACGGCAGUGGAGGCGGCGGUGGCGUAUGCGCGGGCGGUCGGGGAAUACACGCCAGCGGUGGCAGCCGAGCCAGCAGCGGUGGCUGCAGAAGCGGAGGCGGCCAGCCGCCAGCGCCAGCGCCAGGCGGGCGGGGGCGGUGGGAGCGGCGGAGGGGGAGGGAGCGGCGGCGGGAGCGGCGGCGGGAGCGGUUGCGGCGGCGGCGGCGGCUGCGGUGGGUCCAGCAGCGGCGACGCAGGGUCGAGCGGCGGCAUCGUCGACGUCGAUUGCGCGGUGGACGCUCUCGUGGCGGCGGUGCUCGCUGGAGCCCCCAGCGCUGUGCAGGACCCUUGGGGCUGCCUUGGGCUGCAGCGGUUGACGGGCCGCGAGGCGAGCCGGAAGCGGUACUUGCAGCUGGUGCGGCGGCUCCACCCAGAUCGGUGCGGCCACCCGCGCGCCGGAGAGUGCUUCGCGCUCGUCGAGGAGGCGUGGCGAGCCAUCGAGGCGCGCGGGGAGGGCGGAAGGAGCGCCGGAUAG